AUGUCAACGUCAGUGAAGCAUCGUGAAUUCAUCGGUGAACCGAUGGCUGAAAAAGAAGUUACUGCUAUAGCUGGAAUUGGACCGACAUAUGGUGCUAAACUUGCCGAAGUUGGAUUCGAUAAGGCUUAUAUUCUGUUUGGACAAUUCUUGCUACUUAAGAAGGAUGAAGAUUUAUUUACGGAAUGGUUGAAGGAUACCGCUGGAGUGUCCGCAAAUCAUGCGAAAAGUGCGUACAAUUGUCUCAAUGCGUGGGCGGAGCAAUAUAUCUGA